GGAGCCGAAUUCUUUCUUUCUCGGAACGAAUAAAUAAAUAAAUCUGGAAGAACAGGUCCAAAGCCAUACAUACAUACAUAUACGAAGGAGAGGAAAAGGGAAAGAAAGAGACUGGGAUAGAUAAGAUUCCAUCUCAUUUGCUCCAGCUCUAAGCAAAGAACGAAGGAACGAAAGAAAAACAUCAUCAUAUAUAGGGGAGGCAACAACCUGGAACCACCCAGAGGCCGGGAAGGCCUGGCUUUGGUUGCUUCUUCCUCCCAUUGUUGAGAGAGAAGAGCAGACAGACGUGUAGGAGCUCACUUCUCUGUCAUCAGUAGCCGUAGCCUCCUGGAAGUGAAUUGCGCCAAAUUCGUCGUCCAAUAAAAGGCGCCAUUUGGGGCCUCCUUUUCCUUCUCUUCUCCUUCUUCUUCUCCUUCUCCUUGGUUGCACAAAUUUCCCAGAAAAGCCGGAUGUCUACCAUUUGAUUUGAUCCAACUGUGGUGUGGUCUCUUGGCCGGCGAUGGAGCCGGAUGAGCUCCUCAACAAGAUACGGGUGCUGGAGGAGGGCCAGGAGGAGCUCAAGCGGGAGAUAGGCAAGCUUAUCCCCCCCGGGCACGGGCAAGGGCAGUCCUCCGCGUCUUCGCCUCCGCCUCCACCUCCGCGCCGCCCCUUCCCCGCACUGCAAUCGCAGCAGCAGGCUUCCUCGUCCAGGGGCCGCGCCCUAGCCUUGCUUCAGCAGUCGUCCUCCUCGCGCCCGCAGCGCCCCGGGCUGUCCGAUAGGCACUGCCAUAGGAUACUGCAGUCGCUGGGGCAGGCCGUGCAUGUCAUUUCCCUUGAAGGCAAGGUCUUAUACUGGAACCGGUUUGCCGAGCAUCUAUAUGGCUAUUGUGCAUCAGAAGCAAUUGGCCAGGAUCUCCUUGAAUUGAUCUGUGAUCCUUGUGAUUUCAGUCCAGCACACGAGAUUAUCCGUAAUAUAUUUAUGGGCAAGUGUUGGAGAGGGAAGUUUCCUGUCAAGCAUAAGUCAGGAGAGCGGUUUUCUGUUGUUGUGAAUAAUACUCCUUUAUAUGAUGAAGAUGGUAGCUUGGUGGGCCUCACCUGUCUGUCAGGUGAUGCACGGAUAUUGGAGGAAAUAGUUGGUCCUUCAGUCUCAUGGAAAUCCUAUCCAAAUUCAGCAAAGCCCCAUUUACAAGUUAACAACAAGCCUAAAAGUGGUUUGCCGCACAAAUGUUCGUCAGACUCCCAACAACCUCUACAAUCUGCCAUCACAUCUAAGAUAACAAAUUUGGCUACAAAGGUUACAAGUAGAGUUCGUUCUCGGAUCAAGUCAGGUCAGAACUGCGACGAACAGGAUGGUAGUGGUCGCCAGGGUCAAUAUUCUGAACAUGAUGCCAGGGAGGAGUUGACAUCAAGUGAAGCAAGCACCCCAGGUGGGGAUGUACUGCAUGGUGUCUUUGUUACUGAAGAGAAAUCACCUGUGAACUCGAGAAAAACAAAUAGUGAUGAUUCAGGACAAGGAAAAGGAGGAUUUCAGAAGAUUUUUAGUUCAAAGGCAGAGGCAUUAUUGACCAAGAAAGGGAUAUCAUGGCCUUGGAAAGGAAAUGAAAAUGAUGCUGGCUGUGGAAAGAAUAACAUGACUUCACCACCGUUACAUAAUAAGCAAGAGAACACCCAGAGUCGUCAAGGGGUUCCAGUUCUAGAGCCUAUCAUAAUUCCAGAUAGCAAGGACACCGAAUACGCCCAGGCUGGCAAAUAUGAGGUCUCGGGUUCCUGGUGGACUUUCAACAAUAACAGCACAAGUAGUACCAUGAGCAGCACUGUAAGUAGUAAUAGCAGUCCUAUCGAGAGAGUAGAUUAUGAUUCAGACUGCCUAGAUUAUGAGAUCUUGUGGGAAGACCUAACACUUGGAGAACAAGUAGGUGAAGGUUCUUGCGGAACAGUGUAUCAUGCUUUGUGGUAUGGAUCGGAUGUGGCAGUUAAAGUAUUCUCCAGGCAGGAAUAUUCAGAAGAAAUGAUACGUACCUUCAGACAAGAGGUGUCACUGAUGAAGAAGCUACGUCAUCCCAAUAUUAUACUUUUCAUGGGUGCCGUUGCUUCUCAGGAACGGCUUUGCAUUGUUACGGAAUUUCUCCCACGAGGGAGCUUGUUUCGCUUACUACGAAAAACAACCGGCAAGUUGGAUCCAAGACGGCGAGUUCACAUGGCUAUAGAUAUCGCAAGGGGCAUGAAUUAUCUUCACAGUUCCAGCCCCACCAUUGUACAUCGUGAUCUAAAAUCAUCAAACCUGUUGGUUGAUAAGAACUGGACUGUGAAGGUGGCGGACUUCGGUCUUUCACGCCUCAAAAUCGAAACAUUCCUGACUACCAAAACCGGGAAAGGAACACCACAGUGGAUGGCUCCAGAAGUGCUACGUAAUGAACCUUCAAAUGAAAAGUCUGACGUGUACAGCUAUGGAGUGGUCCUAUGGGAGCUUGUUACUCAGAAGAUUCCUUGGGAUACUCUCAAUACAAUGCAGGUUAUCGGAGCCGUGGGUUUCAUGGACCACAGAUUGGAAAUUCCGAGUGACAUAGAUCCUCAGUGGGCAUCAAUGAUUGAGAGUUGUUGGGACAGUGACCCACAGCGCCGCCCUUCAUUCCAAGAACUCCUGGAGAGGCUCCGUGAGCUGCAAAAGAAAUACGCCCUGGGGGUGCAGAUGCAGCGGAACACGGCUGGGAAAGGCGCUGAAAAGAUGAGCAUUGAUGAUGGCUAGCUAAGGUUCAGGUCCCUAUUUGGAUGGAUUGUAUUUGCCAUUAUGAAAAAUGGUUCAUUGGGCUCGAUUCGGAAGGUUUGAGGAAGUCCUCCAUGCUUACCCCGAGAGGAACUGUGGUGGGAAUCGAGACAAGGUGCCUGGAAGGUGGUGCUAAGCUAGCGCCGAGACGCUGUUUCUUUUAAGAGAGGAAGGCUAUACUCGUGACAUAGCAGUCGUUCGAGGCACUGUAGGAGGGACGCCUUGAUCAGUUUGUGUCUCAGCUCUUGAUGGAUUUUUUGUAUAUCGAAACUUGUAUACAUACAUCCUUUUUUGGCAUGACUAGUUAUGGAAGCUCAAUGGCUUGGGAGUUUGAACGAUCUUAUUCGUUUGUAGCAUGCACCAUAAUCAAAAUUGAAAUGGUAGUUACUGUCGGCA